AUGCCGACUAAGUAUCGCCGCUACACGCUCUACACGAAGCUUCGCGUGCUCGAGGCUGCCCGUAAUGGUCUCGACUGGGAAGCUGUCGCUGGAGACAACAACGUGAAUCUCAGCACUGCUUGCAAUUGGGUACAGCGCUACCCCAACUUUGAGGACGUGAUCAGCCCGGCGCCUCGUGGUGGAAAAACCGCGCAAAAGAUGACCCCAGCAUGCGUGAAGUUCCCACAAGAUCAGCUCGCCACUGACCCCGACCUCACGCUACGGCAGCUUGCGGACAUGCUCGAGACAUCGCUUUGUGUAACGGUGCGCCCUCAAACCGUGAAAAACCACCUCGAUGCUGCUCUAAGCACCAUGAAGCAAUUCCACAAAGAGCCCCAGUACAUGAACACUGCGCAGAACAAGCUUAAGCGCCGUGAUUAUCUCAUUCAGCUGCAGCGUUAUCAAGCGGCUCUGCUCAGUAGAGAGCAAGUGACUCUGCUCAGGGGAGAGCAAUCGAAUCCGCUCGGUACUGAGCAAGGCUUGUUGGUUGGGGAGAGGCGACGCGUGCUGACGAGAGAUUCCAGCCCGUCGUUGAGCUUGUUGUUGGUGGUGUGCAUUGACGGGGGAUCCAGUGUGCAUCGCUUGAGUCCUGGCGCGAGUACAAGGGCGGCGAGUGCACGGACAGGGAAUCCAGCGUGCGCGUUGUCCAAGGACGAGUCCUAG